AUGUGACUUGCUAUUCACUAUUAGUAGUAGUCAGCGGUAACUAGUGGUAGUUGAUGGUCACCAGUGGUAGAUUCCAUGAUGAAGACUCUAGUGGGUCUACUGGUUCUGGCUGCAAUAGUUGAUGUCAGCUAUGGGUACGCUUUAGCACCAGCUAUAGAAUGGCCUGCAGAAUACCAUUUCAACGCGGAAGAAGUCAAUCUUGGCACCGGAAUAAUGAAGCCUUUUGAGAUAUGGUAUAGUACAAAAUACAACAAAUCCCGUAUUGACUUGUAUGGCGGCACGAUCUCUCGUUAUUACUAUGGUGUCUACUACGAUGAAAACGACAAGAUGCAUACCGGGAAGAUUUAUAUGAUUCAUCCAGAAGUAGCAGAUGAUGACUCAGAGACGGUGAUCAAAUGUGAUCGAGUAUCAAAUUAUGGUGAUCAGAAGGACUUCCUGCCUCCCCUUGAAGACUUCACUUAUUCAGGUAAUCAGGAACAUGAUGGUAAGCAAGUGCAGGUAUGGACAAAGGAAUACACUGACGAGGAUUCUUUAAAACACGUAGACACCGUACUUCUCACCGAAAUUGAGGAUGAAAUCGCUAUACCGCUUCACCACUACCAAAAGGCAUACAACCUUCAAGAUGGUUCCUUACAAGGCGAUGUUGUUAUCAACUAUUACAACUAUAACAAUAAAUUCCCUCCAAAUACCUUCGAUGUCACUAACUGCGAUUCAUGGAAUGAAUUCCCUCAUGAUUUCGAAGAAGCUGUAAAAUAUUUACAUCCGACGAUUGCAAGUGACGUCGAUCUGGCAUUCCACAGGUUCAAGUUGCACCAUGACCGAAACUAUGAGGACCAUGAACACGAAAUGAGACAGACGAUCUUUAGGAAUAAUUGGCACUUAAUUGUUGACACCAACUCCCAAAACCUCGGCUACACUCUAGCCCUGAAUCAGUUUGCUGAUAAAACUCCAGCAGAACUGGCAUACUUGAACGGAGUCAUGACGUCAGAUCCGAUCAGAGAAGGCACACAUCCGUUCCCUCAUACUUUGGAGGAAAUUGAAGACAUGGUUAACAAUAUGCCGAAGAAUUUUGAUUUGAGAGACUAUGGCGUGAUCUCACCAGUUCGAAAUCAAGCGCAUUGCGGUUCUUGUUGGGCAUUUGCUGCUGCAGCUACGAUGGAGGGGGUGCUAGCUAGAGCUAAUGGAGGGAGAGUGAUGGAUCUCAGCGAGCAGUCUCUGGUGGACUGCGCUUGGGCAUUUAAAAGCCACGGAUGCCAAGGAACUCGGGCUAUAGAUGCAGUCUAUGAAUACCUACUGAAGCAUGGCAUUCCCACUGUACGGGAAUAUGGACCUUAUUUAGAAGAGGAUGGAUAUUGCAACAUCAAUAAUAUGACCGAGGUGUAUAGAAUCUCAGGGUUCGUUGGGGUCACCAGUAACAGUCCUAACGCAUUAAAAGCAGCCGUCUACAAAUACGGUCCUGUGACUGUCGGUGUCUUGGUCACUCAGAAGAUGUGGUUCUAUAAGAGUGGAGUCUUGUAUGACAUGGAAUGUGUUCCAGGCCCAAUGAACCACGCAGUGACUCUCAUAGGCUACGGAGAAAGAGAUGGCGACCUUUACUGGCUCAUCAAGAACUCCUGGGGCGAAAUCUGGGGGCAAUCUGGGUACCUCCUGCUUUCUGCCAAGAAUGACAACUGCAACACUAUGCAUUGUCCGUUCUACCCUAUCAUAUAGAUAUUUGUGCUAAAUUGACUCACUUAAGACGACCAAAAGCUAUGUUUAAUGUUAUGUUAGUUUUGUAUAGUACUGUAAGUUAGUGCCUAAUUAAUUCCACGUGCCACUGAA